AACCAAAUCACAACACACCACACGCCUCACAAAACAAGAGCACAAAAGUAAAAACAUAACCACCAUGACAGACAAGGUCGAAUUCUCCCCCUCCAUGCCAAUCACCCCCGUCUUCGACGUCCAAGCCCGCAUCAAAGAACUCCAAGGCUUCCUCGACCCAAGCAACCCCAAUUACCAGCCAGAGCGGCAGCACAAAAACAUCAGGGCUGUUAUCAAGUUAUAUGAGGAGGGAAAGAUUGAUGGGCUCAAACGAACUACUAUUAUAGAUGGCAAGAUUGUGCCGUAUAAAGCCGCGUUCGAAUCUAAGAGUGGAAGUUGGACUGAGGUUAGGAGAUAG